GAUAUUGUGAGUUUUUCGAUGUGUACAUCAAUCUUUGGUCUGUUGCGGCCCUAACUGAAGUAGAUAAGUUAAUUAAUUAUGAAAUAGCUACUAAUGAAGACCUACGAGAUCAAUAUUAUCAUUCUAUAGGCCCUGUAAUUAAUAUUUAUGAGUGGAUUUCGAUUACACCAGACCUUUCAGCUUCUAAUCGAGUCUUGCGGGAGAGUUAUGACACUGUUAGCGAUAAAGGCUACAAUAACAUAGACAUAUUCCGGAUGGAAAAGUAAAGUAAUACAAAAUGCUGAGGCGUACAAUGAUUGCACGAAUGGCUUGAAUAAAGUACAAGAGUUUGAAGUUUACCAAUUGUAAAACGCAAUGCGAUUAUAAAAUUGAUGUAAACUAUAUUGGGAAGAUGAAGAGCAGGUUGGCACCGGUAUUUACGAAAUUGCUGAGCCAAAGGAAAACUCAGGUUGCUAUUUUGUUUAUUUUUGGAGCGAGUUUUCUUGGUUUCCAGUACCAGUUGUCGUGGACACCCAAGCAUAUCAAAAGAGGUCUCAAUAUACCAGAAUCCAUUGCUCGCACGAGAAAGUUUCACGUUGCUGAAGUCAUCAACAAAAUCAUUCCAAAAUGGGAGUUACUUCAAAAUCAAGGGGUUGGUUUAGAUGGUAACAAAAGCAGAAGGAAUCUUGCAGAGAAGACGUCACUCACCCAGUCUGAGGAAGACAGAGAGGAGGAUUUGCGUAACAUGUACAAAUAUAGUAAAGGAGUCAUUCAAGGCAAUGGUGAGGUGUGGCCUGAAUAUCUGGAUUUACCCAUCAAACGAGCACCAAUGCCAAGUGCAGGUCAACCAUGGCCCCUACCUCAAAUAAUACAACAAAACACUAGCAGUAUUUUCACAUUAGCCUCAAACUUUAAAUUCCACAUUAUCGGGGAAACUUGUGAUACACUCAUACAAGCAAUUGAUAGAUACUAUUUUAUACUUUUUAAUCAAACUAAGAGGAGAGAAGGAUCAUCAUUGUAUGAUGCUAUAUUUGGAAGAAGCAGCCAUAAUGAUGAUGAGGAAUAUAGUAUUAGAACUUUACACAUAGACUUGGGUAAUCCCUGUGAAGUAUAUCCUUAUCUUGGUAUGGAUGAAUCAUAUGAUCUCGUGAUAGGCCAGGAAGAGGACGGUUUCAGUUUUCUUAGUGCCAAAAAUAUCUGGGGCGUUCUAAGAGGUCUAGAGACGUUCAGUCAGUUAGUCUUCAAUUCAGAACACCACAAGUAUCUCAUAUAUCACGCUACGAUCCAUGACUUCCCACGAUUCCAGCACAGGGGAUUCUUACUUGACACGUCAAGGCACUUCCUGAAAAAAUCCACAAUAUUAGAACAUAUAGAUCUCAUGUCGCACAAUAAAUACAAUGUAUUCCACUGGCACAUUGUAGAUGACCAGUCAUUUCCCUUCCAGAGCAAGACAUUCCCUAAUCUUACAAAGAUGGGUGCAUAUAGUUCCAGUGAGAUUUAUACACAUAAAGAUGUUCAGGAGAUAAUAGAGUAUGCGAGACUAAGAGGUGUACGUGUUGUUCCCGAAUUUGAUACCCCAGGCCACACAGAAUCUUGGGGUAAAGGGAUGCCAGAACUGCUCACGGACUGUGGUCCCACAUUUACUGGACCCAUGGACCCCUCAAAACAAUCAACAUAUUCUAUACUAUACAAGCUAUUCAAUGAAGUGAAUGAUGUCUUUGUGGACCAGUAUAUUCACCUGGGAGGGGACGAAUGCCCAUAUGAAUGCUGGAAAUUCAACAAAGAUGUAUGGGCUUUUAUGAAGAAGAUGCACUGGGGAUUUUAUGACUUCAAAGAAUUAUUUGCAUAUUUCAUAACCAAUCUUUUAAACAUAUGGACAACAAUAGACCACAAAAAGGGUAAAAUAGUAUGGGAAGAUGUAUAUGACAAUGAUGUGCCAUUGGACAACAGCACUAUAAUCCAAGUAUGGAAGAGUGAUAACUACAAACUAGAGGAGAUAACAUCUCAUGGACUAUAUGCUAUAACAUCUGCUCAUUGGUAUCUGGAUACAAUUAAAUAUGGCCCGGAUUGGAUGGAAAUGUACAACAGUGAUCCAAGAGAUUUUGAAGGGACAUUAGAAAUGAAAGAGCAUGUAUUAGGGGGAGAGGCUUGUAUGUGGGGUGAAUACAUAGAUGACAACAACCUUAUACCAUCAGUCUGGCCAAGGGGUCAAGCCACUGCUGAAAAACUUUGGAGCUCCAAAGAUCUGAUAGAUCCUGAGAAAGCUGGUUCACGCUUUGAGGAGCAGAGAUGUCGCUCUAUAAGGAGAGGAUUUAAAUUACAGCCCAACAGUGGACCUGGCUCAUGUAAUAUACCUGUACAAGAAAUAGAUGUUACCGACAUACCUGAACAGGAUACACCUGAACAUGGAACCAAAAAUAUACCUGAAAAUGAUACCCAAAAUAUACCUGAAAAUGAUACACCUGAACAUGACUCCCAAAAUAUACCUGAAAAUGAUACACCUGAACAUGCUCACCUAGAAAAUACCUGAACAUGAUAAAACACAUGUGCCUGAAAUUUAGUACACCUGUGAACUUUUUUACCUGAACAUGAUACACCUGAAAAUAAUAUCCCUACCUGUAGGU